GAUUGUCCAUAUAUGGUCUUUCAAUGUCGCGCAAGCGCAGUAGAAGUUUACUUCCGUGUUUAUAGACCGGCGGAACUCUUUUGGGUUUUAAUAGUUAAUUUGCAGCAAGAAACAUGCCUGGUCCGAUAGAUUUAAAGUGCACAUUUGCUUCUUUGCCUAGGACAACAAGAGGGAAGGCCAUAGUUCUUGGUGGGGAUCCAAAGGGAGAAAAUUUUCUGUAUUGCAAUACAAACAAUGUCUACAUCAAAGAUAUUAAUGACCCUUCGAAGUGCGAUGUGUAUGCAGAUCAUGCAGCAGCGCCGAAUGUGGCCAAGUAUGCACCUUCUAGAUUCUACAUUGCCUCUGGAGAUUCAUCAGGGAAAGUACUUAUCUGGGAUACUACUCAAGCUGAACAUCUUGUAAAGUACGAGUACCCUGUCCUUGGUGGAACUAUAAAGGAUAUUGCAUGGGACUCUGAAAGUAAAAGAUUAGCAAUUGUAGGGGAAGGAAGAGAAUUUUAUGCCAAAUGUAUCUCAUGGGACAUGGGGACUACGUUAGGAGAAAUAAGUGGUCAAGAAAAGGUUGUUAACUCAGUGGACUACAGACCUGUAAGACCUUUCCGUAUAGUGACUGGUAGUGAUGACCAAAAGUCUAUGGUCUUUGAAGGACCAAAAUUCAAGUAUAUGAAGACAAAUGGGGAGAGCACAAACUUCGUGAAUUGUGUACGUUAUCAUCCUAAAGGUGAAGUGUUCAUUACUGGUGGUUCUGAUGGCAAGGCUUUGAUAUAUGAAGGUAAAACCAGUGAAUAUAUUGGUGCCCUUGGUGGAGACAAAGCUCACAAAGGAGGAAUCUAUGCUCUUGAUUUUAGCCCCGAUGGCUCGGAGGUGCUGACAGUGUCCGGUGAUAAAACUGCCAAGAUUUGGAACCUGGCCUCCAAGGAACUUGUGGUUGAGUUUGUGAUGGGCAAAGAAAUUGAUGACAUGCAGGUGGGAUGUUUGUGGCAGGGGGACAAUAUUAUCACUGUCUCACUGAGUGGUUAUAUUAAUUAUUUAGACAAGAGUAAUCCAUCUUCACCAAGAAGAAUACAGAAGGGUCAUAACAAAGCCAUUAUGUCCAUGGCAGUGACUCCAGACAAAUCCAGAGUUUAUACAGGAGGCAGUGAUGGAAAGAUCUUUUAUUGGGAUUUGAACACGGGAAUAUGUGAAAUCAUCUCGGGGAAAGGUCAUUCUAACCAGGUCACGGACAUGGCUGUUGCAGGAGACUGGCUGAUCAGUAUAGGUCUGGAUGAUGUGGUUAGAUAUACAAGCAUAUCAAGUAACGAAUAUGAUUCCAAUGCCAGUAAAUUACCAUCUCAGCCAAAGACAUUGGCAGCCUUACCUAAUGGAAUUGCUGUGAUAACCUGUAUAGAACAUAUUGUUGUAGUUGACAAAGGUGAUAUUAUGUUCGAACAAGCUGUUAAAUUUGGACCUAUCAGUGUAGAUAUCCAUCCAGGACAGACUAGAGUUGCAUUUGGUGGAAGUAAGGAAAUCCAUAUUUUUGAGUUGGAUGGUACAUCAUUGAAGGGAAUGAAGAGGAUAGAAUGUGAUAUAAAUGAUGACUGGACGUGUGUCCGCUUCUCCCCUGAUGGAGCAUAUCUUGCAGCAGCUGGUGGAACUAAAAGAUACACUGCUUUGUAUAAAUUGGAAGGUGAUGAUUUUAAGGAGGUAUAUAAAACCACAAAACAAACUGGCAGAAUAUAUUGUUUAGCUUGGAGUCCAGAGUCACGACAAUUUGCUACCGGCAGUCUUGAUGGAAGUCUAGCAGUCUGGUGUCUUGAGCCCAAAUAUGAUAAAAGUCUAUCUCAUUAUGAAAAAUUUGCACACAAGAAAGCAUAUGUACAGAAUGUGGCUUGGCUUUCAGAAAACGAAUUAAUCACUUCUAGUAAUGAUUGCUGCAUCAGACAGUGGACAGUUAAUGCGAGCAAGGGCAAAUAAUUGACUUUUAGAAGAUUUCUGUUUGUAGAUACACAAGUUGAUAUGGAUUGGAAGUGUUGAUUGGUGUGUUUAUAAUGUAGCUUGUGUAUCAAGUAUAGGUACUAGCUCAGGAUUAGAGUCACAUUUUUUUUAAAUAUCUUCGUUUGCACCUAUAUUAAUAUCAAAUGUGUAUGGGACAUUGAAAACUAACAAAAGAAAAGAAUCGAAAAUUAGUUACUAGAUAUUGAUUUUGUUUGGCACUUCAGAUAUGUCUCAAUGAACUCUUUUAUCCCGCUUAUACAUUAAUUUUUUAUUUCAAGGGGUCGAACUGUAAAAUUUAUGUAAAACGCCAUUUUUUGUAAAUUUUUGGAUUACUUCAGUUCUUGCUCUAAAAGGAGGAGUGCUUUGCUUUAACAUUUCUUUUAAUGUAUCAAAGUACUGUUAGCUACUGGAUUAUAUGGAUGUUGGAUAUUAUACUGCAUGUUUUUUUGUAACAUUUUUGAUGUAAGAAAGUUUAAAAUUUAACAUUUACCGAUAUUAUCAAGCAUAAACUUUGAAAUUGUUACCAUCUGCAGGCAGGAACAAGUGAAUCUUUCUCUACAUAAAGCUUUAAAGUUACAUUAUGACAAAAAUUGUUUUGAUUCGGCUUAAAAAUGUAUCAAGGAAACAAAACAAAAAAAUGUUAUUAUUGUACUUUCUAGAAUGGAGGUAUUAUGAAUACAUGUCCUUCAAGAGAAAUAUGUUUAAUUUACAAAAAGUGCUAAUUACUAUUUUACACUGUCUUUAUGUUAUAACAUGUCUUUCUUCAGGUCCAAAAGAUUUAUUCUUGGAGAUAUUGGAAAGGAGUGAUGUGUUUCAUAAUGAGACAUUAAAUGCAAGCUGGAAUUAUUAAAUGUAGUCCACUCCUUAGCGGAAAAUACAUACAGUUUUAAAUGCUUCAGCUUGACUUUUUACCUUAUCAAGAAGUGAAAAUGUUACAUAGACAGAAUUCUCAUUUGUAAUAUUCAGUAUAUACUGCAUUAAAAGUGCUAAAUCAUGGGCUGAUAGCGAAACUAUCUUAUUAUUAAUGAACAACAUACAAUAGUUUCGCGCUCAGCCUUCGAAAUAAUAUAUAUUUAAACCUGUCAUAAGCAGCCUAUCAAGGGAAGGAGCGAAAGCAGCUCUUUUAAGACUGGUUUGAAUGUAUAGAAAAUGGAAAAAAGGCCGUAUAAGAUAAGUGGCUGCUUAACUGAGGUGACUGCUUACACAGGUUGAACUGUAUGUGUUAUAGAUAUCUCUAUGCAAAUUGUGCAAUUUUUCCUUUAAUAUGACACUACUGUUUGAGUAAAUGUAUAGAUACCUGACUUCAUUGUUGCAUUGUACACCUGAACAUAAGACAAACAUUUAAAUCUUGUUUGCAAAAUUGUAAGUUUUGGUACAUCACUUAGCGAUAUUUUUGUUGCCCUCUUCCCAUUUGCGAUAUUUUUGUUGCCCUCUUCUCAUUAGCGAUAUUUUUGUUGCCCUCUUCCCAUUAGCGAUAUUUUUGUUGCCUCUUCCCAUUAUUUUUCUUUUUAUCAAACUUCUUUCCAUUUGAUGUCUAGAAUAGUUUAAUAAUAUACUAAAUUUAUCCAAGUUAAUACUUGGAACUAUGAUACAGAACAGACAGUAAGUUACAUGCUUGUUUAUCAGGGGUGGGGGGUGGGGGGAGGAGGGGAGUUAAUUUGUAAAUUUAAAAAAAAAAAAGAUUGUAAAAUUCAUCAACUUGGGUGGCUAUAUUGUAGAAAUUGCAGCUUUUGUCAUUGCGAAGAACAUGACAUUGUAGAAAAUGUUGUAAAUAGAAUAAAAGAGCUACAAAUUGAUUAAUGUUUGUUUGCCUACAUGGUAACUCAAUAGUUUUAGAAGCUGAUAAAUUACCACUGUCAUCCAAAUAAGAAAAAAUACAGCCAGUUUUCGUAAUUUCAUUUACUUCAGUAGGAUACAUUGAAUGAUGAAUUCACCAACCAAAGCAUAAUAUCUCCAUUUAUCACAAACUAUUUUUCAACUUGACACUGGAGCUUAAAAAUAGCCCAGUGAUGGAGUUUUAGGCGAGGCAACACAAAAGAUGAUUGAGGGGUUGAUUUUGUAUUUUAGUGUGAGGAAAAUAUAAUAAAUCAUUUUUGCAUUGUUUAGCAGUUAGUAAUUAUUCAGUGCUAACUUCAUAGUUAUUCACACUAGUUAUGUUUGCUUUUCACUAAUUAAUGCAAAAAAUUGAGAUCAGUUUUUAUGUUGGUCCUACCUAAAAUUGCAUUUAUCAAGGUUGUUUUGCACAAUAUUAUGAAGAUUUUAUUUGAAAUUCACAAAUUUUAUCAUCUGCUGGAUGUUUUGCAGGAUAGACUUGGAAAGAACAUAAUCAUAAUGAAAAAAAUUCAAUUUUGUUGUCAUCUUCUUGUUCAGUGUAUAUUUUAAUGAAACUUUUCGCAUUUGUAAAUUUACAUAUUUUAUAUCAUUUGGUGAAAUAAAAUGUAAAUUUUUUUAGACAUUAAGCCUUAUUGGAUAAAGUCUCAAAUUUAUGGCUAAUUUUAGAUCAUUAUUUGGAAUGAAGAUGUUAAGCCAUGACUUCCUGUGUAUACAGUAUGUAGAACUUGUAGUCUGCAUUUAGAUUUCCUGUAUAAAGCAGCCAGUCGAGGUAGUGACACAGUGUGACUGCUUGAGGCAGGUGGAAAUAAGAAUGAAAUGUCAGUUUGGGAAGUAAGCAGACUGAAGAAUUUAAGAUUGUUAGAAAUAAAUGGAAAGUAUUUGCGAUAAUCAUUCUGGUAUUCUUUUCAGAAUGUAACAAGACGAAUAGUUUCUCAUCACUUUUUGCGUAGCCUAAGAUCACCAUUUUAACUGUGACAUAAUAGAGCACUAAGGGUAUGCAAAUGUAUUUUAAUUAACAUAAUUAGCUACACCUGUAAAAUUACAGCUAAUUGUAUAGAGUUCAUCAUUUGAUGUAAUUAGUUGAUACUUAUCAGCGUGCUGCUACGUUUUUGUUACAGACCACCUGUUGUCAAUGCAUUACAAUUUAAUUGAUAAAUUGUUCCUUAACAAUAGGCAGUGUUACCAGUGCAUUAUGGGUUUGUGAUAAUGACACGAUAGAAACAAAAUUAAUCUAUCAUGUGCAAAAUUUUGUAGAAUACCACCAAACUAGAAACCUUGAAAAAUGGAAAACACUUUAAAAAAAUUAACAACUGAUUUUAAUAGUCUGAAAUAUUGAGUGCCUUCUACUGAAAACAACAUUGUGAAACAGAAAUCACAUAAUUUAAAUAAAAAAAUCUUAACAAGAUCUUUGCACCAAUGAAAUGGACAUUUCAGAUCCUUUUGAACCAUUGGGAACCUCUGUGGAUCUAGUAAGUUUUUACUACAGGAUUUAUUAAAGAAAAGAAAAUCCAUUUUUGCAUCAUCUCUACAUUUCUUGAGGUAUUGGUAAAGGUGUGUAUAUUUACUGAUAAAGAUGUUCAAGACCUGUAUUUGAAGUAUUCACACUAUAAACGUAUUUAUGCUAUUGUUGUGUUUAAGUUUGUAUGAACAUUAUUCACUAUGAAAGAGAUACUGCUGCUUAUAUUUUCCUGCAAUAUAUGGUACACUCCCUCCUCGCAAAAUGAUGCUUUUGAUAAUAUUUAUCUAUUUUUUCUUACACUAAUCUUGUUAUCAUGUCUAAUUUAAGGUAACUCUUAAUAAAAUCAGUGCAGGAGUCAAGAUUCUGAACAAAUUAUAUAUAAACAAUAAAUCAUUAAUAACUA